UCAUGAUAAACAACGUGAUGGACUUCUGUUGACAUUCAUUGUGAUUCCAAGAUGAAAACGCUUGCUGUGGUAUGGAGCCCUUUUGUGUUGGGCCCUUCAUUUUUUCUCUCCUUCCUUCGCUUUAUAACGCAAUCCGUUCCUCCCGUACUUGCUGAUGAUUUCGUGGAUCUCUUGGCGCGCAACGCGGUUCCGAGCCACAACCCGGAGCACAGUUGCGAAAGGCGCAUCACAGAUUGGCCGAACCUGAAGUCGAUGCUCUCGGACUACGCCCACGGUCGCCUGCUCUUCUUGCAGGACGAGCAGCAGAGCAGCAUCGCGCAGUGGCGGUUGCAGAAAGAGAUCUUCCUUCACAAUCCCGACCUGGACUUUUGCCCCAUUGGCCUGCUGUCCUUCUUCCUCGCCGAUGCGCACAUCCGCACCCAGCACGGCGGAGAGGGCGACUCGUUGUGGCUUCAAGGAGAUGAAACAGGUGCAGCUCAGGAUCACCAGCAGCUGUCAACGCCAACCGCACUUGAAGACGGUGGGGCAGCGAAUCAAAUUGCGUCACGCGACCUUGAGGGCGACCAAGCAAAUUCCGGAGACGGACAGAGUGGACGCUCAAACAGCACACCGACUCUGCUGCCUGCCGCGUUUUGGAAGUUGCUGGAGACCUUGUCCUACUACGAGGAUCUAUUUUGGCACCGACUAGACCUUUCCAUGGUAUUGUGGAGCGGAUGGCCCAGUUUCACGCUGCUCCGACGCAUUCGCGUGGACGUAGGACAGGCUUUGCUCGACAAGCUGACAGCAGUCCAGCUUGUACCUUGGCCACAGCCAGGAGACGGAAGUACGCCUUCUUCUACGGUGAAUCUGCUCGCUGCGACUCUUGACAAAGUAGCCGCGGCGUUCUGCGAGCAGCAGUUCGAGGUGGAAACGGAAAUGAACGUGGUCCUACACCAUCUACAAACCCUGUUCAGCGGCCCCGUGCAAGCCGACGU